CCUCUAUGUUUAUAGAGUAAGGGCGAAUUCCGAUAAAGGAGGUAAAGGGAGUUUAAAAGAUAAUGAAAUACAUUGCUCCUUUUUUUUAGUGCAACAAAACACAUUUUCCCUGGCCUUUUUUUUUCUUCUUUUUCAUCUUUCUUUUUUAGUUCAAUCGUAACUCUUGAACAGAACAAAACACACUUCUUUAAUAAAAUGAGAGAAAUCAUCAGUGUUCACGUUGGUCAGGCUGGUAUUCAAAUUGGUAAUGCUUGCUGGGAACUUUACUGUCUCGAGCACGGUAUUCAACCUGAUGGUCGUAUUCCUGCUGAAAAGGAAGUAACGAAUCACUCGUUUGCUACCUUUUUCAGUGAAACAGGUGGGGGAAAGCACGUUCCUCGUACUGUCUUUGUCGAUCUAGAACCAACUGUAGUUGACGAAGUGCGUACAGGUGCUUAUAGACAACUAUUCCAUCCAGAGCAAUUGAUUACUGGAAAAGAAGAUGCUGCCAACAACUAUGCACGCGGCCACUACACUGUCGGUAAAGAACUUGUCGAUUCAGUCUUGGAUCGUAUUCGUAAAUUAGCAGACAAUUGUUCUGGGCUACAAGGUUUUCUUGUCUUCCAUUCCUUUGGUGGUGGCACUGGUUCAGGAUUUGGUGCUCUCUUGAUGGAACGUUUAUCAGUAGACUACGGUAAGAAGUCGAAACUUGAGUUUUCCGUCUAUCCCGCUCCUCAAGUGUCUACAUCUGUUGUCGAACCUUACAAUUCCAUUUUGACAACCCAUACUACCUUGGAACAUUCUGACUGUUCAUUCAUGGUUGACAAUGAGGCCAUCUAUGACAUUUGUCGUCGUAACUUGGAUAUUGAGCGACCCACCUACGCCAACUUGAACCGUUUGAUCGCACAGGUGGUCUCUUCCAUCACUGCUUCUCUUCGUUUUGAUGGCUCCCUUAACGUUGACCUGAACGAAUUCCAGACCAACUUGGUUCCUUAUCCUCGUAUUCAUUUCCCCCUCGUCACUUAUGCCCCUAUUAUCUCCUCUGCCAAGGCGUUCCAUGAGCAACUCACAGUCCCUGAAAUCACCUAUUCCUGCUUUGAGCCCAAUAACCAGAUGGUUAAAUGCGACCCUCGUAAUGGUAAAUACAUGGCCUGUUGCUUACUUUACCGUGGUGAUAUCGUUCCCAAGGACACCAAUGCUGCUAUAGCAACCAUCAAGACUAAGCGUACCAUCCAGUUCGUCGACUGGUGUCCCACUGGUUUCAAGGUUGGUAUCAACCAUCAGCGUCCUACUGUCGUUCCUGGUGGUGACUUGGCUGAAGUUCAACGCGCUGUCUGUAUGCUGUCCAACACGACCGCCAUUUCUGAAGCUUGGGCUCGCCUCGAUCACAAGUUUGAUUUGAUGUAUGCCAAGCGUGCCUUCGUCCAUUGGUACGUCGGCGAAGGUAUGGAAGAAGGUGAAUUCUCAGAAGCUCGUGAAGACUUGGCCGCUCUCGAAAAGGAUUAUGAAGAAGUCGGCGCAGACUCCUUGGGAGAUUCUGAAAUAGAAGAUGAUGCUGAGUACUAAAUAAAUUAUUUUGUUUCCUGCAAUUCAAUCAAACAAUAAUUCCGCACCCAGUUUUUCCCGAGUUAUUAUAGACUACAAUGGAUGGUGGCAGAAUUUAAUACACAGUUCGAAAAAACGAAAAAAAUCUCAGCGGCCCAAUCACAAUUUUGAACGACAACUAUUUGGGAAAUUCUGUACUAGUUUCUGUCACUAUUCAUUGUAAAGAAUUUAAUACGAAAUGUCUAUUCCUGUACCCUUUAGCGAUAUUGGAAAACCUAGCAAGGAUCUCUUGAGUAAAGAUUAUCCCAUUGAUGGUGUUAAAGUUGAGGUUAAGACCACGGCUU